AUGGAUGUUGAAGAAUGUUUAAAGGAAUGGGAAGAUUUGAUUGCGGACUACAAACGACUUGAGGCAGUUAAUAAAGAUUAUGCAACCAAGUUGGAAGAAGUUGGGGAGCUGCAGGCAACUUGCAUGAAAGAACUCAGUCAUCAAAGAUAUCGCAUGUCUGUUAUCACAUCAGCACUCAAAAGAUUAGAGAAAAAAGCGUUAACAAAGGAUGAAAGAGUUGCAAACCUUGAGAAAGAGAUUAUGAAAAGGAAAGCAAUGCUUCAUGAAAUAGAAGCUACCCUGCCCAAACAAAAUAGUCUGUAUUUAAAAAUUAUCCUGGGAAAUGUUAAUGUUUCAAUAUUGAAUAAAAAUGAUAAAUUCAAAUAUAAGGAUGAGUAUGAAAAGUUCAAGUUAAUUCUAAGCGCAAUUGCAUUUGUCUUAGCUGUUGGAAAUUUAUACAUAAACUUCAGGCCUCUUCAAUUAAUAUUGAUAUUCUUGUUAGUAUGGUAUUAUUGUACACUAACAAUACGGGAAAGCAUUUUGAAAGUCAAUGGAUCAAGAAUUAAAGGCUGGUGGAGAAUGCAUCACUUUAUAUCGACUGUGGUUUCUGGAAUAUUACUCAUUUGGCCACAAAACGAACCCUGGAAUGAAUUUAGACAUACCUUUAUGUGGUUUAUUGCUUAUAUCAGUGUAGUUCAGUAUAUGCAGUUCAGGUAUCAAAGUGGUGUUUUGUACAGAUUGAAAGCACUUGGUGCAAGACAUAAUAUGGACAUAACAAUAGAAGGUUUUCACUCUUGGAUGUGGAGAGGACUGUCAUACCUUUUACCAUUCCUUUUUGGCGGAUAUAUUUUCCAACUUUACAUUGCUUAUACUUUGUACCAUAUAAGCUAUCACCCAGAAGCCACAUGGCAGGUUUCUUACCUGGCAGCUUUGUUUCUUGUGCUACACUGUUGCAACAUGUACACGAUACUGCAAACUUUGAAAAAGAAAAUAAAAGGCGGAUUGAAACUUCGCUACAAAUUGCGAGCUAUCGCGUAUCGGCUGUCCAAUGAAAUUACUAUCUUGGAACAAAAGUGGAGACAAAAUAAGGUGGAGGUGAAAUCGGAA